AUUUUGCAGGAAAUAUUUAUUAUUUUUUAUAUUUUGAGUUUGAUUUCGGCAAUAUUUAAUGGCGUUUCAAGUAAAAAUACUUAUGAUAUUCUUAGUUAUGGAGCGGUUGGCGAUGGAAAGACUGAUGAUACACUAGCAUUUGUUAAGACAUGGAAUGCCACAUGUAAUGAUUCAGACACACCUACCAUGAUCAUCCCUGAUGGAAAGACAUUUUUGGUGCAUCAAGUAACUCUUGCAGGUCCUUGCAAAUCUACCAACGUUAAUUUUCAGCUAUCAGGAAAGAUUAUAGCCCCUGCUCCCAUUGCAUGGAACGGACGGGAUUCUGGAAGGUGGUUAGCCUUUCGACAAGUAGAUGGGUUGAUAAUAGCCGGCACUAGCAAUGGCUUGCUAGAUGGAAGUGGAAAGGCCUGGUGGGAUAUUUCUUGCAAACACAAUCCUGGAAAGAUACUCGGAUUUGAAAAUUGUAAUAACAUUAAUAUGAGAGGAAUUAGAACCGUACAAAGUGGUGGAGUUCAUAUUCGGUUCCACAGCUGCGAGCAAGUCGAAUUGGAUUCACUGAACCUACAAUCACCUGGUGAUAGCCCCAACACUGAUGGCAUCCACAUUUCUCACUCAAAAUCUUUUUUCAUCAAUAACUCCAUCAUCGGCACCGGAGAUGAUUGUAUCUCCAUUGUCGAUCGCUCUUACAACAUUAACAUUACCUACAUUGACUGUGGACCUGGUCAUGGAAUCAGUAUUGGAAGCUUAGGACAAAAGGGAGAAGAAGUAGAUGUAAACAACAUAACUGUAAGUCACAUAAAUUUCCACAACACAACCAAUGGGGCAAGAAUCAAGACAUGGACGGUGGGAAGAGGCCAAGUUCAAAAUGUCCAAUUCUCUGAUAUAAUAUUUAAAGAAGUGCAAAAUCCCAUAAUCAUUGAUCAGCAUUACACUGAAUCUGGAAAUACGCCUUCGCCGCCAUCGAACGUUGGGGUUCAUAUAAAUGGAGUUCAAUAUCUUGGAUUGAAUGGAACGUCAAAGACACAAGCAGCUAUCAAUCUGAAUUGCAGUGAGAAUGUGGCUUGCACGAAUAUCAGAUUGGAAAAUAUAGAAUUGAAAUCUGCAACACCAGGAGAAGAAGUCAAAUCAAGCUGCAACAACGCUUUUGGAUCAGCUCAAGGAGUUGUGGAACCUAGUUCCUGUCUCCGCCAACAAGGAUCCAUUUACCAUUCUCUUAAUAAUACCUAUGAUGUUAUAAAUUAUGGAGCAAUCGGAGAUGGAAAUACAGAUGAUACACUGGCAUUUGUUAAGGCAUGGAGUGAUACAUGUAAGGAUCCAGACACACCUACCAUGAUCAUUCCUGAUGGAAAGACAUUUUUGGUGCAUCCUAUAAACCUUGCAGGCCCUUGCGAAUCUACCAACAUUAAUGUUCAGGUAUCAGGAAAGAUUGUAGCUCCUGAUGAUCCCAAAGCAUGGAAGGGGUUAGAUUUUGGAAAGUGGUUAGUUUUUCAACAAGUAGAUGGGCUGAUAGUAGCUGGCACUGACGAUAGCUUGCUAGAUGGAAGUGGACAGGCCUGGUGGGAUAUUUCUUGCAAAAAAAAUCCUGGAAAGCCGGGUUGCAAUCAACUUGCUCCAGCGAUACUCGGAUUUGAAAGUUGUAAUAACAUUAAUAUGAGAGGAAUUAGAACCGUACAAAGUGGUGGAAUUCAUGUUCGCUUCCACGGCUGCCAGCAAGCCGAACUGGAAUCACUGAACCUGCAAUCACCCGGUGAUAGCCCCAACACUGAUGGCAUCCACAUUUCUCACUCAAAAUCUUUUUUCAUCAAUAACUCGAUCAUUGGCACCGGAGAUGACUGUAUCUCCAUUGUCGAUCGCUCGUACAACAUUAAUAUUACGUACAUUAACUGUGGACCUGGUCAUGGAAUCAGCAUUGGAAGCUUAGGAGAAGAUGGAGAAGCUGUAGAUGUACACAACAUAGCUAUAAGUCAAAUAAAUUUCUACAACACAACCAAUGGGGCAAGAAUCAAAACUUGGCCGGGUGGAAAUGGCCUGGUUCAAAAUGUUGAAUUCUCUAAUAUAAUAUUUAAUGAAGUGGCAAAUCCAAUAAUCAUUAACCAGUAUUACAGUGAUUCUGGAAAGUCACCUCCGCCAGCAUCGAAUGUUGGAGUUCAUAUAGACAAAGUUCAAUAUUAUGGAUUAAAUGGGACGUCAAAGUCAGUAGUAGCUAUCGAUCUUAACUGCAGUAACUAUGUGCCUUGCACAAAUAUCAUAUUGGAAAAUAUAGAAUUGAUAUCUGCAACGCCAGGAGAAAAAGUCGAUUCAAGCUGCAACAAUGCUUUUGGAUCAGCUAAAGGAGUUGUAGAACCUAAUUCUUGUCUCCGAUGA